GUCAGAAAAAAAACGAAUAGUUCAAAUGCAAAGCAAUGCAUUAAAUACUCAGAAAUCAGUAUAUAUUAACUAUGAUGAUGAUGAAUAUAGUAGUGAAAAUAAUAGCAAUAUUAGCAGUAAUGAGAUGUUUGAAGAAAAUACAGUAAUGGAUGAAGAAGAAGUAAAGGAUAUUAUUAAUAAAUUAAAUAAAUUUAAACAAAAGAAAAAACCAAAAAAGCCCCUUGUUUAUGUAGAAAAUUUUAAAGAUAAAAGUAGUAAGGAAAGUAGUUUAAAUAAUGAAUACUCCCAAAUCCUAGAAUUAGAAGAGA